CUGGGGCGGGGUCACGUGCGGCCAGCGGCCGGCCGGAGGGUGCAGGGUGAGAGCAGCGCAGAGGUGCUGGCGUUCUUGCUGGUGGUGUCCCCUGAGAGCGGUUGGGGGCAGUCGCAGCCGGCGCCGGGGCAGAAUGUCCUUGGCUUAUUGUGUCAUCUGUUGCAGAAGACUAGGAACCUCUAUGCCCUCACCAAAAAGGCGUACAUACUGGAGAGAUAUCCGAAAUAUAAUAAAAUUUACUGGAUCACUUAUUUUAGGAGGAUCUUUAUUUCUUACAUAUGAAAUUCUGGCUCUGAAGAAGUCUUUGACAUUAGACACUCAAGUGGUAGAAACAGAAAAAAUGAAGUCAUAUAUAUAUGUGCACACAGGUUCUUCAGACGGAAGAGAAAGUCAUGGGAUUGCCUGGCAGGCAAGAAAAGAACUUCACAAAGCAGUAAGAAAAAUAUUGGCAGCAUCAGCCAAGUUAUUACAGAGUCCAUUUACUGACACUUUUAGCACGGUUGAUGUAGAAGCUCAUGAGUGUGCCCUGUGGCUGCUUCUGAGGAAAAGCAAAUCAGAGGACAGGACCGCACGACUGGAGGCUGUGCGGGAAAUGUCAGAGGCCCAUCGCUGGCAUGAUUACCAGUAUAGGACAGUUGCUCAAGCCUGUGACCCAAGAACUCUUAUUGGUUUGGCACGAAGCAAAGACAGUGAUCUUCGCUUUUUUCUUCCACCACCUCGUUUGCCACCUUUAAAAGAAGAUUGUUCCACUGACGAAGAACUCAGACAGUUGCUGGCUUCUUUACCUCAAACAGAGCUAGAUGAAUGUAUCCAGUAUUUUACAUCCUUGGCUCUCAGUGAAAGCAGUCAGAGUCUGGCAGCUCAGAAGGGUGGCUUAUGGUGUUUUGGAGGAAAUGGACUUCCUUAUGCUGAGAGUUUUGGAGAAGUUCCGUCAGCUACAAUGGAAAUGUUUGGUUUGGAAGCUAUAAUAAAGCAUUCUGAGAUACCCACACACAGUGAUAGCAUUGAAGCAAAUGGCGGCUUGCAACUACUUCAGAGGCUGUACCAACUACACAAGGACUACCCUAAAAUCCAGAGAAGUAUAAUGCGUGUCAUUGGAAAUAUGGCUUUGAACGAACAUCUUCAUUCAGCAAUAGUGCACUCAGGCUGGGUGUCAAUAAUGGCAGAAGCAUUGAAGUCUCAGCACAUUAUGGAGGCUUCACACGCUGCCAGAACUCUAGCUAACCUAGACCGAGAAACUGUGCAAGAGAAAUAUCAGGAUGGUGUGUAUGUACUCCAUCCCCAGCAUCGAACAAGUCAACCCAUUAAAGCCGAUGUCCUUUUUAUUCAUGGCCUUAUGGGAGCAGCAUUCAAAACAUGGCGCCAGCAGGACAGUGAGCAGGUUAUGAUUGCAAAGGCUUGGGAGGAUGAAGACAGGUACACUACAUGCUGGCCCAAGACAUGGUUAGCAAGAGACUGUCCUGCUCUUCGAAUUAUAUCUGUGGAGUAUGAUACCAGCCUCAGUGAUUGGAGAGCAAGGUGCCCAAUGGAAAGAAAGUCCAUUGCAUUCAGAAGCAACGAACUUCUUAGGAAGCUCAAAGCUGCUGGUGUUGGGGAUAGGCCAGUAAUUUGGAUAUCACAUAGCAUGGGAGGUCUUCUUGUCAAAAAGAUGCUGUUGGAAGCCUCCAAGAAGCCAGAAAUGAGUACUGUUAUAAAGAAUACCAGAGGAAUAAUUUUUUACAGUGUCCCUCAUCAUGGAUCACGUUUAGCUGAAUACUCUGUCAAUAUUCGUUAUCUUCUCUUUCCCUCUUUGGAAGUAAAAGAACUUAGUAAAGAUUCUCCUGCACUUAAAGCACUACAGGAUGACUUUCUGGAGUUUGCUAAAGAUAAAAAGUUCCAGGUGCUGAAUUUUGUAGAGACACAGCCAACAACUAUUGGCAACAUGAUCAGACUCCAUGUGGUGCCUGAGGAAUCAGCAGACUUAGGCAUUGGAGAUCUAAUUCCCGUGGAUGUUAACCAUUUAAACAUUUGUAAGCCAAAGAAAAAGGAUGGUUUUUUGUACCAGCGUACUCUACAGUUCAUCCGUGAAACUUUAGCCAAAGAUCUUGAAAACUAACUGCUGGCUUCUUCCAUUUUUUAUGUGAAUACGUGCAAGAAAGCUGAUACUCUUACCAUGUAAGCCCUGAGUAGGAUGCAGCAGCGUGGUCUAGAGUGGUGCAGACAACAGAGUAUGGCUCUCCAUUCACACACUGGAAAGCAUGCACACCCAGUGGCAGUGACAGAAGGAGUGGCUUCUGGCUUACAGAAAUCCCACAGUGCUGGGCCUGGUGACUGAGCAAAAUUGCUGGGGCUAGAGAGACCAUCUUCUUACCUGGGAGCCCUGGUGGGCAACUCAGCUCACCGUAAACAUGCUACAGAGAGAAUGCCUAAAUGGAGAGAAGAGUGGACUAGACCAUAGAAGAUUCUGUUUUUGUUCUGGGUAUCCAUGUGCUGUAAAUUUUAAAAUAUCAGUUUAAAUUUUUAAUGUUUAACUUUCAGUUGAAUCUUUGUCUAACACGUUAUCAAUAGUAUUAACUUUGUUAGACCUGUUGUCAUGCAUGGAUGAGUUCCUUACAUGUUUUUGUUUUCAUAUUGCUGAGGACAAAUUUUUUAGAAUUCCAGUCUAUAGUAAUUCUUUACAGACCAUAGCUGUCCUAUGCUUAUCAUGUGUCCCAGAUAAGGAUUUAAUCCAUUACUGACCAGAGUAUGAAAUAAAACUGUUGUAAGCAUA